AUGGCAAAGGAUGCAAUCGCAACAUGGGUGGCAGAGAAGCAAUGGUAUAACUACGAUAACAACAACUGUAGCAGUGGAUAUGUCUGUGGGCACUACACCCAAGUUGUAUGGAAGCAAACCAAAAUGGCUGGAUGCUCCAAGAUAAUAUGUGACAGCGGGAAUUCAUUCAUUACCUGCGAGCAUGGGCGGACCCACGAUAUGUCAAGUUCUUCAAGCAAGUUUAGGACAAUGGGAAAACAAGUGGAUCUUCGUCAAAUGUUAUUUAAAAAUUUGAAAUCACAAUAUAAUUCUUGUUCUUCACCCACACAAAGUGAGACACCUCAUAAUCAUUAUAUGCAAAAUGAAAGCAUUAGUAUUGAACCAAUUGAUAUGGAUGAACCAAUUGAUGUGAAUGAUGUGGAUGAACCAAUUGACGUGAAUGAUGUCGAUGACCAAUUGAUGUGA